UUGGCGGACAUGGCCGCCUCUCGUUUGCCUCCAGCAACGCUAACGCUAAAGCAGUUCAUGAGAAGGCAACAAGUUCUCCUCCUCUACAGAAGGAUUUUGCGAGCCAUUCGACAAGUUCCAAAUGAUUCUGAUCGCAGAUACCUGAAAGACUGGGCGAGGGAAGAAUUCAAAAGAAACAAAAGUGCCACCGAAGAGGAUACCAUACGUAUGAUGAUUACGCAAGGCAAUAUGCAGCUAAAGGAGUUAGAAAAAACACUUGCUUUAGCAAAAUAACUAUACCUGUCUUCUGAAGGAUUUUCAAAUCUCCAAAGCCAGCCUAACAAGUUGCCAGUUAGCACCUGAAAGGAUGAUCACGUCAUCAGGGAAGUGAUGACUGUGAAGAGAGUAGCUUAAUGAACACAUCGAAACACUUACCAAAAAAGAGAAAAAGACUGUAGGCAACUUCUGGUUGAGAUUCUGAAAUUUAACAUCCAUGUAGAACAGUGUAAGUCAUUAAGGAAGAUCCUUGGUGGCUAGUUUUCCUCCAGGGAUGUGAAAAACAAUUGGGAGAAUACAUUGAUUUCAGGACACUUGAAAAAAGGUCAGAUUCGUCAGAUUCGGAGCAUACAAUUAACUGAGUGAGAGCUGUGGAGGGUGCUGGAAUUUCGAUCCUGCACACUGAAGUCCUCUAUUCAUUAGCAGAACUAAGAAGCUAGCUCAAGAAUCUGACCAGCACUUGAAAGAUAGAGACAGACUUGCAAAAUGAUACAAGCUAUUUAGUGCUGGACUGUGCCAGUGGAGAUGUAGAAACUGUAUGUUGAUAACCUGGACUGCCACCCACCUCCUGUAGCCCCAGUCCAUGACAGAAAUCUGAAUAGCCUUCCAUGGGGGCAAUCGGACAAAUGCAUACAGAGCCAAUUUUUAGGUUUUCAUGUAGGUGUAUGUCAGUUAACUUACUGUAAAACCAUUUGACAAACGGGAGAAACAUUUGUAAAUAGAACACUUGUGAAAUAUUUUGUGUUACAAUUGAAAUGCACACUCAGACUUACGUAAAAUGUUGAAACUUGAAAUCAUCCUUUAAUGAGACAAGGAAGUUGGUGAUAUUCUUGCUAGCAGUAGUGUAUACUGAAUGCUUCGAAGGAGUACUUGUGCAUUGAAUUUGCAAGAUGCAAAUAUCAGACUCCAAGAAAACCUAAGCUGCACUUUGCUUUGAUUUUGUUUUUUAAAACAGGUUCAACACUACAAGUUGAAUUAUUUUUCAAAGGCUACAAUUAUAAUGGUCAUGCUCUUUUAUCUUUAAAGAACAUUUUACUUUGUUCACUUACAUGCUUAGAUUGUCCCUUCUGAAUUGUAGGCUGAGUCCUAUUUAGCUUAAGAGGACAUUGAUUUAACAAUUUUUCCUCAGGUAUGAAACCACAAUCAAGACGUUGGCCAAGGGCUGGACGUGCAGCUCGAGUAGUAGAGUACUGCUUAGCAAGCACAGGGUUCAAACCUUAGGACUGCCAAAGAAAAAAACGGCCAGAAUGGAACCGCUAGGAAACACAUUCUAUUCAUUGCAAAGUGAUCUCUAUCAGUAUUCUAGACUAGACAACAUCCAUGUUUCUGGGCCUUCCCUGUAAACUAUCCUCCCGUUUGAAUGCUCUACUUUCGUUCCUAAGUUUAAAUUUAAGACGUUUGAAUGUUCAGCUUCAUGCAUGUGAACUAUAUCAAAUCAAUCAUUUUGUAUUUAGAAAAUUUGUUUUGUACAAGAGCUUUGUGGCAUGACAAGUGGGUAUGACCAUUUUAUAACAAUUUGCUCCUUUAACAUUCUCCCCUUUUAAAAUGUGUGAACAGAUUGGGAAUUUUUAAUUCAUAAUAAAAGAAUUGCUGUGGUUGUGCUAUUUGUAUUACAACAGUCAUGCCAAGAAACACUGGUAUCAGAGGAGUGCCCAUGCUGACCUAAACUGUCUCCCGCAGGGAAUAUCUAAGAAAAAUGCCAGUGAGAACAAAGCAGCAGUCUACCUUGGG